AUGUCAAUCGAAUCCCACCCCAAGCUCGUCGGCCUGGACCUUAUUCAAACAACCUUCAAGAAAGUGGGAGACCAUGAAAUCAGAACAGACAUUCUCAUCCCCAAAAAGCCAUUGGACGGCAAGAGACCCGUCAUCCUCCGCUUCCACGGUGGCGGCUUGGUAAUGGGCGACUCCCUCUACAUGGACUUCUGGCCUUGGUGGCUCUCAGAUCUGGCCCUCCAAGAGAAUGCCAUAAUAAUCAGCCCAAAUUACCGCCUUCUACCGGGUUCAACAAGCAGCGAAAUCUGCAGCGACAUCGAAGACUUCUGGACCUGGGUGCAGAGCCCGUCUCUGACAAACAUCCUCGCCGCGCACUCGACACCGACUUCCGCUGAUCUCUCCCGUGUAUUGAGUUUCGGCGAGUCAGCUGGUGGGCUGAUCAGUUUGAAUCUUGCACUCGCGCACCCGGCUGGGAUUCGCUCUUGCACGGCUGCGUAUCCGUUGGUUGAUCCGUGUUCCGCGGCAUUCACCAAGCCGAGAGCUAAGGGGCCGUUUGGUAUGAUGGUUCCGGAGAGUGUUGUGAAGGAGACGUUGGAUGUUGUUGUUCCCGGCACUGUUGAGUCAUCUAUUACUGAGCAGGAACGGCUGGGCUUUAUGCUUGGCGCUAUUAGUUAUGGGACUCUGGGACAGCUUUAUGAGCGGGGUGUUGAGGAAUUAGGAAGAGAGUUUAGGUUCCCUGGUGUUAAGAUUGAGCAGGAGGGGACAACCAUUCCGCGGGGUGGUAUAACUAUUAUUCAUGGACGACAGGAUAGUGUUGUUCCUGUCGGGGAUGUAGAGAAGUUUGUUAAGCGUGCCCGCGAGGUGUUUGGGGAUGAGAAGGUUAUUUUUACUGUUAAGGAGGGGGAGCAUGGGCUUGAUGCUCCGUUGAGAUUCGAGGAAGCGUGGUUGCAGGAGACUUUCAAGGCUGCGAUUCAGACUUGGUUGGCAUAG